UAGUACUUCCAAAAUAAUAAUGGCAUCAAUAUUAAUAAUGGUAGUAACCCUUGCAAUAAUUCUAGGCCUAGUCUUAGUUCUACUUGUUGAAUUCUUUUGUUCUUUCUUACUUCGUCGUCCUCAACGGUCAAAAACACCUGUAAAUUUCGAAACAAACUCCACCACACAACUAUCGCCACAAAGUGAACGGUCAAAAUGUGCUACAAAUUUCGCGAUAGAAUUACCAUCAGCAGAUCGUCAGCAGGAACAAUCAAUUGCUCCAAUUACAACAACUCUUAGUAGCUUUUAUGCUAAAGGGGUUCUUCAUGCACCAAGAAAUUAUCUCUUCCCAACAAUUUCCACUAAAGAUCAUCAUUAUUACAAUUAUGAUGAUCUUGAAAUAGUCCAUGCAAAUAUUAUUCCAUACCCUAAAUUAGUCCAAUGUAGCACUAGUAGUACUAGUGCUAGUGCUACUAUGGAUAAUCAACAAUUUGUUUACAUAUCAAAUCCAAUGUAUGAUAGCGAUAAAAUCGCGCUUGAUACGCCCUUUGAAACGCCUAAUUCAUCCCCCUCUUGUCUCGAAAUAAUGUGUUGUUCGUCAGAGGAAGAAGAAAAUCGCGGAAUAUCAUCGAUUUCUAGUACACCUUCUUCAGUAUUAUUAACUCCAAUGAAGCAACUUCCAGCAGAGGCAUGUUCAAUUUCACUUGGAGAUGUUAGAUCAUCACUUGGUACAUCAAGAAGUGGCUCCAUUAAUAGUAACAAUUCUUUUUCAUCAUCAGGAUCUCCAUGUACUUCUCCUUCAUGGUGAAAUUUGCAAAAAAAAAACACUAUGUAGUUAUAUUAUUUGUCUAAUCAGGGUUUGUUCUAAUGUUUCUUUGUUAAAUUAAUUAGUUUGUUAAUUUGUUUAGUUCUUGUUGUUAAUGUAAUAGGGAUGCUAACAAGUUGGUGGUAGAAAUUGACUAAAUAUUAUUCUCUUUGUUUCA